UCGCUCGGAGCGCCCCGAAGUCAACGUGUGUCGCUCGGGAUCUGCAGUCCAGUGCGGUUAUUCGAACGUGCAGCACACGGCACGGCACGGUAGUAGAAUAUAGGUGGUAGAGUGGUAUUCAGCAGUGUUUUGUUUUGGUCCAUCCACAAUGCAAGCGGACAUCAAUCAACUGUUCACCGAGCACGACAUCGUUCCGGUGCUAAUCGACGCCGCACCGUUGGUGUUCGCUAAGGUUGCCUAUCGCUCGAAGCUGCUGGUCGAAGCGGGGAAGGAGCUCACGCCAACCGAAGUGCGUGAUCCACCGAAGGUCGAGUGGGACGCCGACCCCAUUGUAUUCUACACCCUGGUGAUGAUUGACCCGGAUUCCCCAAGUAGGACCGAACCGCUCAACCGGGAGUUUGCCCACUGGCUGGUCGGCAACAUUCCAGGCAGACACGUCGAACAGGGCGAAGUCCUGUUUGAGUACAUCCCCGCGUUCCCCCGGUCCACUACCGGUUUCCAUCGGUACAUAUUCCUGUUGUACCAGCAGCAGUGCCGCAACGACUACUCCGACGCACCUCGAGCCUCUAAGAAGAAUCGAACACCUCGGAUGCGAUUUUCGACGCGUGACUUUGCCCGCCGCUACAGUUUGGGCCAGCCGAUUGCGGGCAACUUUUUCAUCGCCCAGUUCGACGAGUACGUACCUAUCAUAGUGCGGCAGUACCCCCCUUCUGACGAUUUCUAAUCAACCACCGGGCAACGGAGUUGCAUGCAUAGUCAGUUAGUGGCGUACGUCGACGGCGGCGACAGUUUGACUUGACGAGGAGCGUCGCAAUCGUUCCUUGGUUGAUGACGUUGGUGAGAUUGAGCGAGAGCAGAAGAAGGUCGCGUGUGCAAUGCGUGGAUUGCCGGAUUGUGUGAAUUGCGGAAUAAAAACAGAGAAAUAGGAGAGGGACCGCUCUCUGUUUUUGUUUGCAUUUUUAUGUGGUGAACGUCGUUCGUCGUGCAUGUGCAUGCAUGUGUGUGUGGUGUUCGGGGUCAGUUUUAGGUUACGGUGACGAAACGAUACAGCAGAGUGGAGAUUAGGUCGAAUGCGUGACAGGGACGUGUCCUAGGCGUGAUUAGAAUGCGAUCAGCUGUAGAGAUAGAUGAUAGCCAUAACUGUUGACGACGGCUUUUCAUAUCAGUGACAACAAACAACUCAGGAGGAAAGUGUGAAAAUUUUGAUAAGAAUACGACAAUCGAAUGAAUGUACGGAAAUAUACGUACCAUGAGCAUUUUCUGUA